AUGCCCCCCACCAUCGCCAUCGUCGGCGCCGGCCCCGCCGGCCUGACCCUCGCGCGCCUGCUCCAGCUCGCCCCUGUCCCCAUCCCCUUCACGCUCUACGAGCACGACGCCUCUGCCACCUCUCGCUUCCACCAAGGCGGCACACUGGAUCUACACCCGAGCGGCGGCCUUGCCGCUCUGCGCGCCAUGCACCUCGAAGACGCGGCCGCGCCAUUUUUGCGCUACGAGGGCGAGGAACUGGUCAUUGCCGAUCUGAACGCCUGCGAGCUCGUACACAUCAAGGAGGCGCCGAAGGUGGGGGGCAGUCGCAAUGCGGCGCCGGAGAUUGAUCGCGAGCGGCUGAAGCACCUGUUGCUGGAGGCGUUGGGGGUGGCAAAUGUGCGGUGGGGAAAGCAUUUGAAGCGCGUGGACGCGGCGGCGGGAAAGCUGGAGUUUGCGGAUGGGAGUGUCGAGGGGCCAUUUGAUUUAGUGGUAGGGGCGGAUGGCGCGUGGAGCAAGGUGCGGCAGGCGGUGAGUGAGGUACGGCCCGUGUACAGUGGGAUCUGUGGGUUUGAGGGACAUAUCGAGCGGCCGGGGGAGAGGUCUCCAGCGUUAGAUGCUAUGGUGGGAAGGGGAAGCUAUUUCGCCUUCAGUGGGGGGAGGAGCGCCAUGGCGCAGAGGAUGGGGGAUGAUAGCAUCAAGGUUGGGACGUGGUUGAGGCGCAACCAGGAGUUUGUGGAUGAGCUGUCGCCUGGCACAGGAAUUGACGACGAGGAGGAUCUUACGGCAAAGCUGCUGCAUGAAUACCAGGACUGGGCGCCGGAGAUCCGAGAGUGGCUCCACGUGUGCAGCUUCACCAGGAAGUGGGUGCUUUGGGAGCUUCCGGUAGGCACGACAUGGGAACACCGCACGGGCUACACUCUGGUCGGCGACGCGGCACAUCUGUGCACGCCAUUCGCCGGGCUGGGCGUUAACGCUGCAAUGGCCGACACGAUGGAGCUUGCCGAGCGCAUCAUCAAGGCCGUACAGGAGGACACGAGUCUCGACGAAGCCGUGGAGCUGUACGAGAAGGGCAUGUUUCCCCGGGCCAGAAAGGUGCAAGAGGACACGAUGAGGAACAAGGUAGGCGGGUUUGCAGAUGAUGCGCCCCUCAACUUCAUGGCAAGCAUGCUGGGCGUGGUUGGGGAAGAGGUGGGUUGGCCUAUCGACAAGGGCGUUUUGUACUGGAUUCCCAUUACUAAGAUGGGCUAUGCGAUAUUCUGGGUGAAAACUAGGAUACAUGUUGUGUGGAGAUGGACCAAGCGCCUCUUUCGCGCGGAAAAGAGGAUAGAGCUGAGAUGA